AUGCGAUCGGUUAUGGCUCCAUCACCCUACAGAUUGCAUAUUUUUGAGCAGUGGCCGCAGCACAGUUACCUUGGUAAAAUCCCCGGAGCAUCAGAUAUGCGUUUGGCAACACUUAACGAUGGGACGAAUACCGGAAGAAGCCGUGAACUGGCAGACCGUCUUACAAACCGAAUUGCAUGUGCUGUGUACAGGAGACUCGGUGGAAAGGCUCCAAGUCAAGGGAAUCAGGCGUUGGCUACAAGCUCAUCUACCACUGCACAUCAAAUCGCAAUGGCAUUGAGCGUCACAGCGGUGGAUCGACUAUCAGAUCGCCUAACGGCUGCAAAAGCAGAUACAGGAGAAGUGGAAUUGCGAGUCGUCUCUGCCUAUGCGCCACAGGUGGGCUGUAGUAAAGAAGAGAAGGCGUGCUUUUGGGAAGAUCUGGAGCAGUAUGUCCAAUCCCUGGAAGGCGAAGAAGAACUUCUAAUCGGAGGUGACUUCAAUGGACCUGUCGACCGUGUCGCUGCCCAACAGCAUUUGCUCGUCAUGAACUUAAAAAUCUUCCGUCUAAGGGAGAGACAUCCAAGGACUGAAGCACAGCGCAUCAAAUGGUGGAAUCUAAAGGAUCGAGAGGAGGUAUUCUCCGCAUCCGUGGCUCCGCCUACACUUCCCCACCCUACCCGUGGUGUGGAGGAAAUGUGGUCUCCUACUUCCAGCGUCAUGCGUACGCUUGACCGUGGAGAACAGUCUGGGAAAAACGACUCUAGGCAAGUUCAAUAUACACAAGGCUACAUAGUUUUGGAACGAGCUGCAAUUCGUGCUGAAGAUUGUGGUGCCUAA